AUGAGCAGUGCCUCUAGCAGCACCAGAGCGCUCACUUUGGCCCACGGCUCUAUCGAGCACGUUCUGCCAGUUCCAACAGCGUCUUUUUUCCAAGGCUCCCAGCUGCAAGACCAAUUCUCCAAGCAGCUUCCAGCUGCCACUGAAGGGUUCAUCUCUGACGACGAGCCAUCGUCUCCCGCAGAGCUUUUGGGUCAAUUCCUCGGUUACGUGGCGACUUUGGUCGACCCCUCUACCAAGGGCCAAUUUGACGACGUCUUAGCCUUUGCUUUGACCGAAUUCGAAUCCAGCUAUCUGCAAGGUAACGAUAUACAUGCAUUGGCUGCCAAACUGUUGGCCGACGAAGAUGUUUACCCAACCACUUUGGACAAGGUCAAGACCCUAAUCAAGAACUACUUUGAUGCUCGUAUCGCAGCUCAAAGACCUUUCUCAAAGUCUGACUCUGCCUUGUUCAAGAGUGCGUCCGCCAAAGAAUCACAACUGGUGGCCAUUUUCGGUGGCCAAGGUAACACCGAUGACUACUUUGAAGAACUACGCGAGCUAUAUCACACUUACCAUAGUAUCAUCUCAGAUGUCAUUGAGUCUGCUGCUUCUAAAUUGGCAGAACUUGUCAGAUCCACUGACGACACAGAGAAAGUAUACACUCAAGGUUUCGACGUUUUGCAAUGGCUGCAAAACCCAGAAACCACCCCCGACAACGCUUACCUACUAUCUAUCCCCAUUUCAUGUCCAUUGAUUGGUGUUAUUCAAUUGGUUCACUACGCUGUCACUGCCCGUGUUCUAGGUUUCACCCCAGGUGAGUUGAGAUCACACCUGGUCGGUGGUACCGGUCACUCUCAGGGUCUCGCAACCGCUGUGGCCAUUGCAGAAGCCGACUCUUGGGACUCUUUCUUCAAGUCCUUGAACAAGACCAUCACACUUUUGUUCUCCAUUGGUGUGCGUUGUUACCAGGCGUAUCCAAACACUUCCAUGUCUCCCUCAAUGCUUGAAGACUCCGCCGAAAACGGUGAAGGUACCCCAUCCCCAAUGUUGUCCAUCUCCAACUUGACAAAAGAUCAAGUACAGAAGUAUGUUGAUCAGACCAAUGCUCACUUGCCAUCGGAAAAGCAUAUUGUCAUCUCCUUGGUCAACGGUGCCAGAAAUUUGGUUGUGACCGGUCCCCCACAGUCAUUGUACGGUUUAAAUUUGACCUUGAGAAAGGCUAAAGCUCCAGCGGGUUUGGAUCAAGCCAGAAUUCCACACAGUGAAAGAAAGCUCAAGUUCUUUAACAGAUUUUUACCUAUCGCGUCACCAUUCCACUCUCACUUACUGGAACCUGCCAAUGCCUUCAUUAAGCAAGAUUUGGAAGAUGCCGGAUUGGAGUACAAUGCGGCUGACCUCAAAAUUCCAGUUUACGAUACUUUCGAUGGUAAGGAUUUGAGAGAUUUCAGUGGUUCCAUCGCUGAAAGAAUCACUCUAUGCAUUACCAAGUUACCAGUCAACUGGGAACUCACCACGCAGUUCAAAGCUUCUCACAUUUUGGACUUUGGUCCUGGUGGAUCGUCUGGCCUCGGUGUUCUCACGCAACGUAACAAAGAUGGUACUGGUGUCCGCGUCAUCGUUGCUGGUGCAUUGGAUGUCAACCCUGAAGACGAGUAUGGUUUCAAGCAAGAAAUCUUUGAUGUGUCUCCUGUUGGCCUCAAGUUUUCGCCCAACUGGCUCGAGGAAUUUCACCCCAAGCUGGUCAAGACUAAGGCCGGUAAAGUUUACGUCGAUACUAAGUUUUCGAAGCUUCUAGGUCGCGCACCUUUGCUUGUGCCUGGUAUGACUCCUUGCACCGUCUCCCCAGACUUUGUCGCUGCCACCAUCAAUGCCGGCUACAGCAUCGAAUUAGCUGGUGGCGGUUACUUUUCACCUGCCCACAUGACUGCUGCGAUCGACUCUGUGGUUUCUCAGAUCAAGAAAGGUUAUGGGUUUGGUAUCAACUUAAUUUAUGUCAACCCCAGAAUGUUGCAGUGGGGUAUUCCAAUGAUCAAAGAGUUGAGAGAAAAGGGGUACCCUAUUCAGUCUAUGACCAUUGGUGCUGGUGUUCCUUCCCUAGAAGUAGCCUCAGAGUACAUUGAGACCUUAGGCCUCACUUACUUGGGCUUGAAGCCUGGCUCAGUGGACGCUAUCUCUCAAGUCAUUGCCAUUGCAAAGGCUCACCCAACUUUCCCAAUUGUCUUGCAAUGGACAGGUGGUAGAGGUGGUGGCCAUCAUUCUUUUGAAGACAUGCAUUCCCCAAUCUUCCAAAUGUACUCCAAAAUCAGAAGAUCAUCUAACAUCAUCUUGGUGGCGGGUUCUGGGUUUGGUUCAGCUGAUGAUACUUACCCUUACCUAACUGGUGAAUGGUCUACCAAGUUCAACUACCCACCUAUGCCUUUUGAUGGUUUCCUUUUCGGUUCAAGGGUUAUGGUCGCUAAAGAAGCUAAGACCUCACCUGACGCCAAGAAAGCUAUCGCAGCGUGUAGUGGUGUUCCUGAUGAUAAAUGGGAGCAAACCUACAAGAAGCCUACAGGUGGUAUCGUCACUGUUCGCUCUGAAAUGGGUGAGCCUAUUCACAAAAUUGCCACAAGAGGUGUCUUGCUGUGGAAAGAAUUGGAUGAGACUAUCUUCAAUCUGCCAAAGAACAAACUCCAGCCUGCUUUGGACGCCAAGAGGGACUACAUUAUCGGCAAACUGAACGCUGACUUCCAAAAACCUUGGUUUGCUACUGUUGACGGACAGGUCCGUGACAUAACCGACAUGAACUAUGAAGAAGUUGCUCAAAGAUUGGUUGAAUUAAUGUACCUGAAAUCCGCUGAUAAGUGGAUCGACAUCACCUGGAGAAAUUUCACCGGUGACUUUUUGCGUCGUGUCGAAGAACGUUUCACCAAGAAGAAGACAGCCUCUUUGCUACAGUCUUACUCGAUUUUGGACGAUCCUUUCAAGGUUUUGACCACUAUCUUUGAGGCUUAUCCUGCUGCCAGGACCCAGUACCUCAACGCCCAAGAUGUUGACUACUUCUUGAGUUUAUGCCAAAAUCCAAUUCAAAAGCCAGUUCCUUUCGUGCCUGUUUUGGAUCAAAGAUUUGAGUUCUUUUUCAAGAAGGACUCCUUAUGGCAAUCCGAAUAUCUUGAGGCUGUUGUCGACCAGGAUGUUCAAAGAACAUGUAUUCUACAUGGUCCUGUCGCUGCUCAAUUCACCAACGAAGUGGAUGAACCCAUUGAAAGCAUCAUGGAUGGCAUUCACAACGGCCAUAUUGAGAAGCUCCUAAGAGAUUACUACAAUGGCAAUAGCGCUAGCAUCCCUGUUGUCGAAUACUUUGGUGGCGAAGAUCCCGAAACCGUCAAAUUCGAUUCGGUUGAAACGGAUGGUAAAAUCAUUUACCGCGCCCCUGCAUCCGCCAAUGAACAAGAGUGGUUCAAGUUAUUGGCAGGUUCUGAAAAGAACUGGAGACAUGCUUUCUUCUCUACACCAAGGGUUGUUCAAGGCUCCAUGUAUGCGCAGAACCCUGUUCACAAAGUAUUCAAGCCUAUCCCACAAUCCGUCGUUCAAAUUUCCAGUCCUGAGGACCCUAAGAAAUGCAUUAUCACUUUACUAGAACUAGUUCAAGGAGACUUGAAACCCACUGUCUCGCUGCGCUUGAUCAAAGACGGCGUGAUGGAGUUGAAGCUGAUUGAGAACAGAACUAUGGAUGGCAACCCCGUUAAUCUGCCACUACUUUACAAGUACCAGCCAGAGGACGGCUUUGCUCCAAUUUCGGAAGUGAUGGACGGCCGUAACGACCGUAUCAAGGAGCUCUACUGGAAGCUAUGGGUGGACGAACCAUUUGACUUAGAUUUCGAUGCAAAGAAACCUAUCAAAGGCGCUGACAUUACCAUCACUGCGAAAGACAUCGCUGAAUUCACCCACGCUAUUGGGAACAAAUGUGAGGACUUUGUCUCGAGACCAGGUAAAAAACUUUUGGCGCCAAUGGACUUCGCUAUUGUCGUCGGCUGGAGAGUUAUUAUCAAGGCUAUUUUCCCUAAGACUGUGGACGGUGAUCUUUUGAAACUUGUUCACAUGUCGAAUGGUUACAGAAUGAUUCCUGGCGCCAAACCUUUGCAGGAGGGCGAUGUGAUUUCUUCGACUGCUGUCAUCAAAAGUGUAGUUAAUCAGCCUAACGGAAAGAUCGUUGAGGUUGUUGGUACUUUGAGCAGAAAAGGCUCUCCUGUCAUGGAGGUCACGUCCUCGUUCUUCUACCGUGGUAAGUACACUGACUUCGAAAACACAUUUGAGAAGAUUACCGAGCCUGUGUAUCAAGUCAAGAUUAACAGCGCAAGAGACGUCGCAGUUCUGCGCUCUAAAGAAUGGUUCCAGCUGGACAAUGAAGAAAUUGAUUUGCUUGGCAAGACCUUGACAUUCGAAACCGAGACUGCUGUCACAUUUAAAGACGAAACUGUUUUCAACACUGUGAAGUGCGAAGGUAAAAUCAAGGUGGAACUGCCAACCAAAGAAAAGGUUGAAAUCGGCGUUGUCGAGUAUGAAGCCGGAGAGUCUCACGGUAACCCAGUUAUUGACUACCUGAGCAGGAAUGGCUCCACUUUGGAGCAAAAAGUCAAUCUUGAAAAUGCUAUUCCGAUUGCUGUCAAGGAGACACAGGCUCCUGGUACAAAUGAACCUUACGCUAGGGUUUCGGGCGAUUUGAAUCCAAUUCACGUUUCCCGCCAUUUCGCUGACUACGCCAAUUUGCCUGGAACUAUCACACACGGCAUGUACUCGUCCGCUGCUGUUCGUGCUUUGGUUGAAACUUGGGCUGCCGACAAUGUCUCCGCGAGAGUUCGUGCCUACAGCUGUCAAUUCGUCGGCAUGGUUUUGCCUAACACUCCUUUGAAGACUACUAUUCAGCACAUCGGCAUGAUUAACGGUCGUAAGUUGAUCAAAUUCGAGACCCAAAACGACAAUGACGAAACUGUCAUGUCCGGUGAAGCCGAGGUCGAACAGCCUGUGUCCACCUUCGUCUUCACUGGUCAAGGUUCUCAGGAACAAGGUAUGGGUAUGGACUUGUACGAGAAAUCCGAGGUUGCCAAAACUGUUUGGGACAGAGCAGAUGCUCAUUUCAAGAAGACUUACGGUUUCUCUAUUUUGGACAUUGUAAAGAAAAACCCUACUGAAAUGACCAUUUACUUUGGCGGUGAGAAAGGUAGGAAGAUUAAGGCCAACUACACUCAGAUGAUCUUCGAAACUAUUGUGGACGGUGAGCUAAAGACUGAAAGGAUCUUCAAAGACAUUACUGAGGAAACUACCUCUUAUACAUUCAAGUCCCCAACCGGUUUGUUAUCUGCUACGCAAUUCACACAACCAGCCUUAACCUUGAUGGAAAAAGCUUCUUUUGAAGACUUGAGAUCGAAAGGAUUGAUUCCAACGGAUGCGGCCUUUGCUGGUCAUUCGCUAGGUGAGUAUGCUGCUCUAGCAUCUUUGGCUGAUGUGAUGUCCAUCGAAUCAUUGGUUGAAGUUGUCUUCUACAGAGGUAUGACUAUGCAGGUAGCAGUUCCAAGAGACGAGGACGGAAGAUCGAACUAUGGUAUGGUAGCCGUGAACCCAGGUCGUGUUUCACCAACAUUCAACCAGGACGCGUUGAAGUUCGUUGUUGAGUGUGUUGACAAGAGAACUGGAUGGUUAGUGGAAAUUGUUAACUACAAUGUCGAGAACCAACAAUAUGUUGCCGCUGGUGACUUGAGAGCUCUGGACACUUUGACCAACGUUUUGAACUUUGUCAAGAUUCAGAAAAUCGACAUCGUUAAGCUCCAGGCUACCAUGUCUCUAGAAGAUGUUGAGAGCCACUUGAACGAAAUCAUCGACGAAGUCUCGAAGAAAUCUGAAGCGAAGCCACAGCCAAUUGAUUUGGAGAGAGGUUUUGCUUGUAUUCCAUUGCGUGGAAUCUCGGUGCCUUUCCACUCUUCGUACCUAAGAAACGGUGUGAAGCCUUUCAAGAACUUUUUGAAAAAGAACAUUGUCAAGGAGAACGUCAAUGCCGACAGAUUGAUUGGCAAGUACAUUCCAAACUUGACUGCCAAGCCUUUCCAGAUUACGAAAGAAUACUUCCAAGAUGUUUAUGAAUUAACUGGUUCCGAGAAAGUGAAGGAAAUCCUAGACAACUGGGAAAAAUACCAAAACUAA